AUGGCAGGAGUGAGGAAAGGUUUGGUAGGGCGGAUCCAGACCAGUUUGGAGGAGCUUCAACUUCCGAAAACUCUGUUUAUACACAACAUUAUACAUCAGCAAGCAUUCUGUGGAAAACACGUAGAUAUUUCUUGCGUACUAAAACCGGUUACAACUGUGGUGAACUUUAUUCGGAAUCAUGGGCUUAAUCACCGACAGUUCGAGGCUUUCCUUGAAGAAAUAGAUUCUAAUUUCUGUGACUUGCCUUACUACACAGAAGUGAGAUGGUACAGUUGCGGUAAUGUCCUGUUUCGUUUAUAUAAGCUCCGAAGAGAAAAAGAUUUUUUUCUCACCGAAAAGAAUAAGGCUGAUCCACAGCUGUCAGAUCCUUCAUGGCUUUCAAAGUUGUCAUUUUUAGUUGACGUCACUUCUCAUAUGAAUGAAUUGAAUUUAGAAUUGCAAGGAAAGAAUAAACUUGUCUGUGAUCUCUACGGAAUUAUUACAGCUUUUCGGAGAAAGCUAUCAUUGAUUGAAGCACAACUUCAAGAAGGAAGCUUCUCUCAUUUUCACUGUUUUCAAGAGUUUUGCACAGAAAAUGUGGAGCAUAUUAACCUCGAGUUUCAGAAAAAAAUUAUUCGGGACUUAAAUAAGCAUUUUUCUCAAAGAUUUUCAGAUCUUGACAGAAUUGAAAAUGAAAUUCUUUUGUUUGAGAAUCUCUUUGGCUAUAAUCUUGAUAACAUGCCCAUUGAACUACAACUGGAGCUUAUUGACUUGCAAGCUAAUACCUUGUUGAAAGAGAAGCACAGAGAAGGAAAACUGAUUGAAUUUUAUCGCUGCUUGCCAGCGGAUGAGUUUUCAAAAUUGAAAACAGUUACUUCAGGUACGGCAUUAGUUUUUGGAACAACUUAUGUUUGUGAGCAAACUUUUCAAAAAUGA